AUGGCGAAUCAGAAUUCACCUGUCUUGCUCGCCGAGACCAAUGACGUUAGACCAUUCGCUCGGCUCCUUCGGGGCAUAGGCCUGAAGCAUAAUGCUGUGAUGGAAAUCACUGAUGCUGGUUUCGCUGUUACCGUUGAAGAAGUAAGAACUUUAUGUGCAAUAGCAUGGGUUCCUACAAAUCUGUUCACCUCUUUCGUCUACAAUCCACCUUCUAAUCCAGCUACAUUCGAGAUCUCCCUCGAUGCCUUACUGCAAUGCCUUAACAUCUUUGGCAAUGCAGGUGCUGCCUCUGCUACUACUGGUAAUUCAGCAGGGAGGUCGAAAAGAAGAUGGGCAGGGGAGGGUGAAGCUGGUGGAGGUGAAGAAGAAGCUGAUGAAUACUCUGGCAAUGGGAGGAAAGGAAAAGAGAAACGAACGGGAAUGGUCAUGAAAUGGGAAGGUGAAGGUCACGACUUGAACGUCUUGUUGACUGAUGACAUGAGGGGGCCUACUACCACUUGCGAACUGAGAACACUAGAACCCGAGGAACUGAUGAACGCACAAUUCGAUCAGGACGACAUGGCACUAUACCUGAUCAUGAAAUCAGAAUGGUUUCGAGAUGCUUUAUUCGAUUUACCACCUUCGUGUACUAGAAUAACUCUGUUGGCUACUCCACCUAAAGAACCUGUUCCACAAGUGCAGCCGGAAGCAACUAUAUCGUCAAAUGGAAGACAUAGACACCGAGCGGAAGUGGGUCAAUUCAAGAUUCUCGCAGAAGGCGAUUUCGGUAUCACAGAGUUAGAUUAUCCAAAUGAUAAGGAAGUAUUGGAUAAGUUCGAUUGUCAAGAGAAAGUCAAAUUCAGCUACCACUCAUCACACUUCACUCUACUUCAUCGAGCAUUACAUCAGUCAGUAAAGAUAUGCUUACAAAUCGAGAAAAGUGGAUUUUUAUGCGUUCAAAUCAUGAUGCCUUUAGGCGAAGGUGUGCCAGUAGGUGGUCAUUCUGGUAUUUUAGAGUUCAAGAUGCACGCUUUGGAAGAAGCUGAUUGA